AUGCGGCAAGCCAACGUUGCCUUCUCAUCCGUGCUCACCAAGAUUGGCGACGGUGAACCCUUACUUCCUGAAGAGAAAACGAUGAUCGAAUCCCGCUUCGUGGAACGCGAAUUCGUCGAUCGUGAGUACCUUCAAUCAGUUCGUCUUUUCUUCCGCACGCAUGACGUACACCAGUUCAACUCCGAAUCUAUUUGUGGAGCGGAAAUGAUUGAAUACGUAGCCGCAGACCACUAUACUGGCCAUCAUACAACGGAACAGCUCGCAAGCGUCCGUGCAAAAGUCCACAAACUUAAGCCCGACGAGAUUGGUGGUUUACCAUACAUCCUUCGCCUCCACAUCGGUAAACCGUACAUGGUUACCACGAAUGUAGACGUACUCGAUGGUCUCGUCAAUGGAGCUAUCGGCACUUUACGCUACAUCGACCGCAAUGCUGAAACGAGUGCGAUCAAACGACUAUGGCUCUGUUUCGAUGAUUCGAAGAUAAGUUGUUUACUACGUGUAAAAGCCCAGGCGCAUUUACUCGCCAAUCCGGACUUCGAUCAUUCGUGGACACCAAUAUCGCAGCGUACUUGCAAUGUGCAUACAACGAGUAAAAUCGUUACUUGCAAACGCACACAGUUUCCACUCGUUGAAGCCUGUGCAAUUACGAUCCACAAAUCGCAGGGAGGUACGUAUGAUACUAUCGUUUACGAGUACAGUAAAAGUCACGAACAACAGCUUGUUUACGUCGCCCUCUCUCGCGCUACCUCACUAAACGGGUUGUACCUAACGAAUCGCGAUGGUGACCACGUGUUUUACCACCAUCGUGGAAAAGUGAAUCGAGAAUUAAGGAAUGAGUUUGCUCGUCUCGAAUGCCUUCGUUUAAAAACAAUAGGAAACACAUGCCGCGAUUUUCUCGAUCGUUCUUUGCAGUCAGAUUUUACCUCGCUUUCGCUUUGCACGCAAUCUUAA